AUGUGGGCAUUAAAGCAACUAAACUUUGAUCUUGAUGCUGCAGGGCAACAACGAAUGUUGAAAAUUAAUGAAUUACAGGAGCUUCGCAACAAUGCUUAUGAGAUCUCAUAUAUUUACAAGAAAAAGAGUAAGAAGUGGAAUGAUCAACAUAUUAUACCAAGGGAAUUCCAUGAUGGACAACAAGCAUUGUUAUUCAACUUACGAUUGAAAUUAUUCCCUGGAAAGCUACGAUCACGCUGGUCAGGCCCCUUUGAAAUUCUUGAAGUAUUCUCUCAAGGAGUUAUUUUGCUGAAGAACUUAGUGGGUGGAAGCACGUUUAAAGUCAAUAGGCAACGCUUAAAGCAUUACUCCCAGCCGUACAACCCUCAGAUUUCUUCUAAGGUUGAAUAA